UCACUAUCAGACAUCUUAGUUCGUUCUGGAAGAGAUUAAAACACUAGGUAAAGAUGCAGAACCAGGCAGCUGUUGAAGCAUUGUACUCCGCAACCUUCGUCGAGGACUACUUGGACUACGUGGAGAAUGUCCCUGAUGAUAUACAGAGGAUUCACACCAGGCUCAGGGAGCUGGAUAUGCGACAACAGCAGGAUGUUCUAUCUGAGUUGGAUAGUCUGGUGGAACAGUUUGAAGAUACUAAAGAUCCUGUAGCACAGAAGCGUCUUCUUAACAAGAUGCUCCUUCCCCUCAUAGCAUCCCAGGAUAUAGGAGAUGAUAAGAUCCAACUAGUUCAAGGCAUGACGGACAUUAUUGAGAAUAAAACUAGACAAUUAGACCAUGAUAGUCAGAACUUGGACUUUGGACGGGGGGAGGAGGAGGAGAAGGGGAAGGUGAAGGAGGAGAAGAGUGAGAAGGGCGUGAAGAGAAAAAAAGUGAAGGAGGAGGAGAAGGUUGAGGAAAGUACAAAUAUAAAAAUAAGCACUCCUGGCGGUAAAAAGGUGAAGAAAAUGAUCGCUCCACCCUUGCCUUCUAACUCUCACAAGAAGCGAGGAGCUGGGCGGAAGGUUGAGCGAGAAAGAUCCGCCUCCCCGCCAGAGUUAAAGAACAUCGAUAUCGAUCCUGAUGAGCCGACAUAUUGUCUCUGCGAUCAGGUCUCUUACGGUGAGAUGAUCGGGUGUGACAACGAUCUAUGUCCGAUCGAAUGGUUUCAUUUCAACUGUGUUCAGUUAAGUGGUAAACCAAAAGGAAAAUGGUUCUGUCCUAAGUGUAGGGGAGAGAAACCAACCGUGAUGAAACCUAAAGCACAGUUUCUCAAGGAGCUCGAGAGAUUUAAUAAGGAGAAGGAGGAUAAACUAAAAUAAAACGGUGAAGAAAAAAUUUCUUUUUUUCCAACUUUGACGGACAAUUUGUUGAAUUUAAAGAAGUAUUGUUUGAAGGUUGCAUGUAUAAAUAAAGUCAGUUAAAAUUGUACCUGAAGUGUUCCUUGGUUUUAAUGUUCCUGUAAUGCCAGUUACAAUUAACAUGAACUACACAGGAUUUAAGAAGUUUUUAAUAAAAAUGUCAAAUUGUGAUGAAAUGGGUUUAAAUGUAUAAGUUAUCAUCGUAAUUUAGUAAUACUCAUCAGAAAAGGGUCAUUAACAAUGAACAACAGUGUUCUUUAAAAUUUAAUGAGUUAGAUGUUCAGCCUUCCCCCCCCCCCCCCCCUCUUGGUUUGUUUUCUGUGAGAGUUGGUUUCUAUUACAGAACUUUCCAAUGUAUGAUUUACUAAUAGUAUUUAUUGAUGAUUUACAAUUUGAUAUAUCACCAAAUAUCAAAUUAAUAUAAGCAAUUCAUUUUGAUAUCUUAAAAUGCAGUUUCACGAUUUAAAACAUGUUUUUUGGGUGCAUAAAUAUUAAACAUUGCAUUUUAAAUCAAAAGUUUAAGUUCUGUCCUAUUUGGGCAGAGUAAAAGGAAGGCUAGAGAAUUGCAUGUUAAUUCAUUUCUCCAAAUGGAAAGAUUCCUUACAUAAACUUUCAGA